GAAAGCAGACAACCGUUUGAUUGUUGGCUGAACUGAAACCAUUCUUUCUAAAAACGAUUAGGACCUUCGGGAGAAAAACUGGAAAGCAAUGGAAGCAUUGGCCUCAACUGAAAAAUUGCUGCAGGACAAAGUGAACAAGACUUCCAAGGAGAGACAGCAAUAUGUGGAGGUUGCUGAAGCAGAGAUGAGAGGGGUCUUGCAGAAGCUGUUUCCCAUGGUGUCUCUUCCUUCUACCUUGAGUCACAGUGAAUGGAUGCGUGGGUUUGAACAGGCAGUAAGAGAGCAUACAAAAGAGACAUCUCGACCAGAUGAAGUGAAGGCCCUAGAGCAAAAGUUGAAAGAGGCAGAUGAAUUGCAUGUAAUGCUGCAGCAGGAGUGUGAGAAGUAUAAAGUGGUCCUUGCAGAGACGGAGGGAAUCUUGCAAAGGUUACAGAGGAGCGUGGAAGAAGAGGAGAGCAAAUGGAAAAUAAAAAUUGAAGACUCUCAGAAGGAACUGCAAAAGAUGCGGUCGUCGGUCAGUCUUCUAGAAGAGGAAGUAGAAAGACUAAAGGAAGAAAACAAAGAAGUUGAUGCUCUUAAAAAAGAGAGAGAACACUUGGAGCAGGAACUGGAAAAGGCAGAAAUAGAGCGAUCAACGUAUGUUUCAGAAGUUCGUGAGCUCAAAGAUCUAUUGACUGAAUUGCAGAAAAAACUUGAUGACUCAUAUUCUGAAGCAGUAAGGCAAAAUGAAGAGUUAAAUUUGGUAAGAGGCCUACCCUCCAUCUGAGUAUAUCUACUCCACAGUGGAGGAACUUUUCCAAAUCCUUUCUGUCUGCUAACCAUUUCAGUUCAGUCUGUCCACUGCAACCACUCUGAUAGCCUCUCUCUACCUCCUAUAACAAUGUGACUAGUGCUUAAGCAUGUGUAGUUUUUUUUCUUCACCUUUCUUGCUUCAACCAUUAAUGUUUUGUAGUUUGUGAAUUUGGAAAACUGCUUUCACAGAAUGCAGGCAAAGUGGUCUGAGUGUGAAACUGCUGCUUUAUCUACACUAAAUAUUAAACAGAAGGUUAAGGUUCAUUCAGAUAGCGAUGGUCUGGCUGAGGUCUGUUUUGGAUCAAACAUUUCCUUUGGAGUGAAUCUAGUUGUUGAAGGGUAAAAGUGAACAAUAUUGUUUUCUGUGCCAAGGACACUGGAAAACAACAACAAAAGAGUCUUGCAGCACCUCAAAUUCUUAUUGCAUUUGGGGCAAGUUUUCAUUGAAUGCAGCACACUUUAAUACGUGCUGGAAUAUUGCCUCUGCUGGUAGAUAUUUAUAUCAUUGCACAUAUCAUUGUAUACAUCAUUAAAUACCAAAGUCAGAACAAUCCAUGCUGUUAUAUUUCCAGUUUCUUUGACUGAUUGUGAAAGCUGGCUGGUGAAGAAAGUUGAUAGGAAGCAAAUCAACUCAUGCUGGAUGAGGAGAGCUCUGCAGAUACUGUGCACUUCCAAAAAGAUAAAUGAAUGGUUUGAGAGCAAAUCAGGCCUUAAACUGAGGCUGUUGUAUUUUGGACAUAUCAUGAGAUGAUG